GCCCCACGGAAGGCAGAGCCCACAACUUCGAAGCUCGAAACGCGAAACACCCCCUCUCUCUCUCUCUCUCUGCCUUUUUAUAGAUCAGCAGAAAGCGAGAUGGCGGAGAUCGGAAUGGGCUGGCGCCGGAGCGGUUGAUGAGAGAUGCGCGCGUCAGCCUACCUGUUCUCCACCUCCGUCUCCUGCUAAUCUGCGCGAUCAUCGCCUCCCGGCCCCCGGUGGCCCAGCCUCCUCUCCCGCGCGAGCUCCUCCUCACCACCUCCCGCGAAGCGAGCGGCUGCGGAGGCCGCGCGGUCGAGAUAUCUGGCCCCUCCGAUCCGGCGGCCAUGUCGAAGGCUCGAGUCUACGCCGAUGUCAAUGUCGUUAGGCCCAAGGAGUACUGGGACUACGAGUCUCUCACCGUCCAGUGGGGAAACCAAGAUGACUAUGAAGUUGUACGAAAAGUUGGAAGGGGCAAAUACAGCGAGGUAUUUGAAGGAAUAAAUGUUAAUACCAAUGAGAAGUGCAUAAUCAAGAUCCUCAAGCCUGUCAAGAAGAAAAAGAUAAAAAGGGAGAUCAAAAUACUUCAGAACCUAUGUGGUGGCCCAAAUGUUGUCAAGCUUCUUGAUAUUGUCAGGGAUCAACAUUCAAAGACUCCUAGCUUGAUAUUUGAGUAUGUGAAUAGUACAGAUUUCAAAGUAUUGUAUCCUACUUUGACAGAUUAUGACAUACGAUACUACAUCUAUGAACUUCUCAAGGCUAUAGAUUUCUGCCACUCACAAGGGAUAAUGCACAGAGAUGUUAAGCCUCACAAUGUUAUGAUAGAUCAUGAGCUGCGGAAAUUGCGGUUGAUAGAUUGGGGUCUGGCUGAAUUUUAUCAUCCAGGCAAAGAGUAUAAUGUCCGUGUUGCUUCCAGAUACUUUAAGGGACCUGAACUCCUUGUCGAUUUGCAAGACUAUGAUUAUUCUUUGGAUAUGUGGAGCCUUGGUUGCAUGUUUGCUGGAAUGAUAUUUCGGAAGGAACCAUUCUUCUAUGGUCAUGAUAACCAAGAUCAGCUUGUUAAAAUUGCAAAGGUUCUGGGAACAGAUGAGUUGAAUGCGUACUUGAAAAAGUAUCGGUUAGAACUUGAUCCACAGCUUGAUGCCCUUGUUGGGAGGCAUAGCAGGAAGCCCUGGUCAAAAUUUAUCAAUACAGACAAUCAGCAUCUAGUUUCUCCUGAGGCCAUUGAUUUUCUUGAUAAGCUGCUUCGAUAUGAUCAUCAGGACAGAUUAACUGCAAGGGAAGCUAUGGCCCAUCCAUAUUUCUCUCAGGUGAGAGCUGCCGAAAGUAGCAGGAUGCGUACCCAAUAAUCCGUUGUGUGGAGGAUUCAUGCUAUGUAUCCAUUUCGAACUUCUAUACUAUGUUAUGGGUUCAACACCAGUUGUGCCAUAUGUGGUAUAACAUAGACACCUCUCCUACAUUAUUUGCGAGAAGUUGAGCUGAAGUUGUAAGCUUUCUCUAGGUGCUCACUAAUGCGUUUUGAGCGCCUUCGGUGUUUUGUAUGCUUCUUCUUGAGUGUUUUACUUGGACCUCUGAAUUUGCUUCUGACUUGUACCUUAGGAUUCAUAAUGUUGGGGUUAGAACCGAUGACUGAAGCUGCUCGAAAAAUCUAGAAAAACAUGGGGCGUCCCCAGUGUGCUAUUUGCCCAUAAUAGAUGAGUUUAUUCUAAUCUUAUGUCA